AUGAUUUUCUUAGCUCAAUUUUGUCAAAUAACUUUUGUACCUGUCUCGUUUCCUGUCGGUUCUUAUCCGAUCUCCAUUGCUGUCAGCGAUUUUAAUCUUGACCUUAAGCUGGAUGUCAUCGUCGCAAAUUCGGGUGAUAAUACUGUGACUGUACUACUUGGAAACGGCGUGAAUAACAUUACCAAACGAAUAGACUUUCCAACCCACAGAAAUCCACGAGCAAUAGCUGUUUUCGAUUUUAAUCUUGAUAAUAAUCCGGAUUUCGUCGUGACUAGCUCUACUAAUAACAGUGUUACUCUACUACUUGGAAAUGGCAUCGAUAACUUAAUCGGACAAAGAAGCUUUCCAACUGGCACCAAUCCGCAGUCGGUAGCCGUCGGCGAUUUUAAUCGAGACAGCAAGCCAGAUUUCGUCGUAGCGAACACUGGUGAUAAUACGAUAACCGUAAUACUUGGUAAUGGUGUAAAUAGUCUUAUUGGAAUAGCAAACUUUCCAACGGGUAUAAAUCCUCGAUCAGUUGUUGUUGAAGACUUUGACCGUGAUAAUAAUUCAGAUUUUGUCGUAGUAAAUUCUGGUGAUAAUGAUGUAACUGUACUAAUUGGGGAUGGUGUUGACACAAUUAUAAAACAACAGAAUUUUUCAACUGGUUUAAGUCCACAAUCAGUCGCUCUUGGCGACUUUAACCAUGAUAAUAAUCCAGAUAUUAUCGUAGUGAAUUCUGGUGAUAAUACUAUGACUGUUUUACUUAUGAACGGUGUUGAUGCCAUUAUAGGACAAAAGACCUUUCCAACCGGUGCAAAUCCACAAGCAGUUGCUGUUACUAAUUUUAACCUCGACGGUAAGUUGGAUUCCGUUAUCGCGAACUACGAUGAUAAUACAGUGACCAUGCUGAUUGGAAAUGGUAUUGAUAAAAUUAUUCAAAACCAGACAUAUCCAACCGGUACUAAUCCAUGUUCAAUUGCUGUGGGUGAUUUCAAUAGUGACGGUAGAAUGGAUUUUGUAGUCGCCAAUUAUGGCAGCAACAGUGUGAACAUGUUUUUGAAUAUGUGUCACUAA